CAGCUGCGUUUCUGCUGAAUGGGACAUUAAACAGUGAUCUGCUGCUUUAUAAAUGCUGUUUGCACGAACUCGUUUUGAAACAGACAGGUGCAUUUGAAAGUUAGACAUGGAGCGCUUAGGGAACAGUCUAAAUUAAGGCUUCAAUUACGCUACAGGACCCUGGAGAAAUGUGUCGUAGACAGAAGGAAUUAACGAGGCGAAACGAUUAAAACAUUGAGGUCUUGUCUCAUGACAGUACGUCCUUUUACAAGCACUGCGUUACAAGACGUUAAGUUGUGCAUCCAGUGAGGAGUCGCGAAUCGAGACGGACGGAGACUUGGAGUGCAAUGGCAUCUCAGGUUUACAGAUACUGUAAGGGAAGGAAAGCGGGCUUUUGGAAAGUGUGACGCCUAAAUGCCCCACGCAUCCUGAGCAUGAAAAUUGAGCCCAACAUCCCAACGUGAAAAUAUUUGGUUAUGAGAACUGGCACUACCAAAGACCCUUGGCAUGGGCCGGUUACCGGUUUCAAGAUAUACCGAGGUUUUAAACAGUCAAGGUUUUAAAAACAACUAAAAUGUUCUGUGAUAUCGUCUCCAAGGAAGGAGGUAAGAUGUUCCUGGAACUGUGUGGCCAUUGGGGUGCAUGGACAAUCCUGCUUUUAUGGUGCUUAAGUCUUUCAUCUGCUGACCUCACCUGCCCACAGAAAUGCAGCUGUUACCCUGACACAUCAGAGGUCAAUUGCUCCUCAAAACACCUGACAGGUGUGCCUGAGGGCCUGCCUAAUAAUGCCAAACGUCUAGACCUUUCUGGAAAUCAAAUGAAGACAAUAGGCAGACGGCAGUUCUCUGGCUUGUCAAACCUGGUGGACCUGGACCUGAGUGAGAACAUAAUCUCAAUGAUCGAGGUAGACGCAUUUCAGGGACUAAAGAACCUACAAUACUUAAGGAUUAAAAACAACCGUCUCAAGAUCAUACCUGUUGGGGUCUUCUCCGGCCUAGCCAACCUUCGCCGUCUGGAUCUCAGCGAGAAUGAAAUUCUAGUUUUUUUGGAUUACACAUUCAAGGACAUGAUUAACUUACAACAGCUUGAUGCUGGAGAGAACGACCUGGUGUUCAUCUCGCAACGGGCGUUUGUCGGGCUGCAGGCGCUAAAGGAGUUCAACGUGGACCGUAGCAAUCUAACCUCUAUCCCCACGGAGGCCCUGUCGCAGCUGCAGAGCCUGACCAAGCUGCGUCUGCGCAAACUGACCAUCAGCGUGCUCCCCAAUAAUGCCUUUCGUGGGCUCAACAAGUUACGCACUCUGCAGAUCCUCCAAUGGCCUUCUCUCGAGACGCUAAAUAGUAACAGCCUUGUGGGUCUUAACCUUACCACUUUAGUUUUAACCAACUGUAAUAUUAGCGAUGUUCCCUAUACUUCACUACGUCAUUUGGUCUAUUUGCAAUACCUGGACCUGUCCUACAACCCCAUCACUUCCAUCCAGGGCAACCUGCUGGGGGAGCUUCUCCGACUGCAAGAGUUGCACCUGGUGGGUGGGAACCUGCUAAGUAUCGAACCAGGAGCCUUCAAGGGUCUGGUCCACUUUCGCCUCCUCAAUGUGUCGACUAACCGUCUGUCUACACUUGAGGAAAGUGUCUUCCACUCGGUAGGCAACUUGCAAACACUGCGGCUUGACAAAAAUCCCUUGGCGUGCGACUGCAGACUGCUUUGGGUAGUGCGCCGUCGCCGGCGGCUAGAUUUUGAUGGCCGCCAACCUACCUGUUCCUCCCCGAAUCAGGUGCGCAGGAAGGCAUUUCGAGACUUUUCAGAAGCAGAGCUCCCGGUUAUAUUUGUGUGCAGACAGGCACAGAUUCUGAACCGACAGCUGCAAGACACAAACGUUGUGGAGGGCACGAGCGUACGAUUUGACUGCAAAGCAGAUGGCUAUCCAUCACCUUCCAUUACGUGGCUGUCAGCACAGCAGACUGCGCUUAGCUCUGUCGGGAGAGUACGAGUGCUCAAUAAUGGGAGUCUGGAGGUGCGUUACACCCAAGUGCAAGACAGUGGAACUUAUCUGUGUACUGCAGCUAAUGCAGCCGGUAAUGAUAGCAUCGCAGUGAGCCUUCAAGUUGAAGGUCUCCCGCAGAACCACACGGCAUCGUAUUUCUCAGAUGAGGGAUGGAUGGAAACUUCAUUGCCGACCUCAACCAACUCCUCCGCACAAGUGUCGAGCCCUUAUCCCUUUGACGCUAAAACCCUUAUCAUCGCGACCACCAUGGGAUUUCUUUCCUUUCUCAGCUCUGUGGCAAUCUGUUUCGUGUUUAUGUUCUUCUGGAGUCAGAGCAGGGGUCAGAUCAAACACACUGCUACUAUAGACUUUGUGCCACGAUCGUCCGUGGGUGGAGGUGGGAUUGGUGGGGACACGGGAAGAUUCACAAUGAAGCUUAUUUGAGCUACAAACAAUUAAAGAAUCAAUACUGAAGGCUCGAACACUGCAAGUUACUCAAAGCGGAGAAACUGCUCCUUUACUAUAUUAUUCGCAGCUUACGAGCAAAGUGCAAUGCCUUAUAAUGUAUUCUACAAGCCUGAUCGACUUUUACAAGUAAUUUUCUUUACAAUAAUCCCAUUUAACCUAGUUAAAUAGCCACUAGAACAAAACAAGUAUGUAUUCAGUAAUGUCACAGCCCACAGUCUGAUACACAACAGAAGGGCUACAAUAAAAAUAUUAACAAAUAAACUAAUUUUUAUUGCUUUUAAGUAUGCAAGCUUGGUUACACUGAUCCAUAUGAAUAUUUUACAUCUUACUAGUCACUUUCAAGACAGCAUUAAUUCUUGAAUUUUUCUGAAUUGUCCAAUGGUAAUUUACUGUAAUUUCUUUGCAAAAGCAAAUAUAAAUGAAAAAAGCUAGUUAUUUGAAUAACAGUUGACCAUUAAUUAAUGCUGUUGUUAUGUGCCCUUAGCUUUUGCCCUUGCUUAGUCUGUAGACUCACGGCUCUUAGCAUAAUGAAUAAAAUCACUUUCUGUAUAAGUUUUGGCAGUUUAUCUUCAGAGAUGCUGUAUUUCAUUUCUCUGCUAAAUUAACCAUUACAGGCCACACGAUGAUGCAGCUGAUUUUAGUGUCAUCGCAGCUAUAGCUGUUGUGAUCAUUUGUGCUGCACAAAUGAUGAUCAAGAAAUAGAUAAAAAAUAACACAGAAUAUGUAAACAGGUUCCAACUGCCUAUAAAUGAUCACAGUAACAUGUGCAACAUUACAAUUGUAAAUAAUGUAAGUUAAAUGUAUUAUACCAGCUACUGUAUUUUGCGUGUGUUAUUGUAUAUUACUGCCAAGUUUGUUUUUCUUAUAGUCUAAAGAUAAGAUUGCAGAGUUUUUGCAGAUUCAUAAAAAAAUGCAUUUUUGUCUUUUAUUUAUAACAACACCGUUACAUGCCAGUGACUCACACUCGACUCUUAUAGCUAUGCCCAAACGUCACGACCGCACACAACACAUGGAUGUUUACUUGCUUUGCAAUUUCAUGUAAUGUACAGUAUGUACAUCAUAUUUCCAUGUUCUUAUGUUUUUGCUAACACAUUUGUACAUUUUAAUAUUUUGCAUUGGACCAUUAAAGACUAUGCAACUCUGCCUCUUUAAGUAUUUCAUUUUAAACCUUAUUAAAAAUUCAAGCUAAUAA